AUGCCCCCCUUCAGACACAAAGAGCUGCAGGUCAUCUUGCAGAACGACAAGCGCGGCAUCCUCACAGUCGAAGACGCAGCUCUCCAGCUCCUCCAGCUCUCCAGCGACGGACGCCCACCGAGUCGCCUUCUCACAUCGCCCCUCAAGCAAUUCCUGAAUGGCCAGCUUGCACCUGCACCGAGUGGCUCAAAGCGCCGACUCGACUUGCACUCUCUAGGAGGUGGGACAGGUACAGCUCUCAAGCUGGUUGAACUUCACGUUCUCGUCGAGCCCAAUCACAUCAAGGAGGCAGAGGAGUGGCUCGAGGACCUAGUCGCAGCUGCAUACAGUACGGUCAAACCUUUCAGAAAGGUACUCCUUCUCGUCAACCCUGCUGGUGGCAAGGGCAAAUCCCGAGCGAUUGUCCGCGAGAUUGUCUUACCUAUACUUAAGGCUGCGGGUACUAUCGUGGACUUGAAGGAGACGACACACCGGUCGCAUGCCGAAGAGAUAGCAGCCACUAUGGACCUGAACUACGACGUCAUCGCCACAGCCUCUGGUGAUGGUCUGGUGUACGAAGUGCUCAAUGGUCUCGCGUCGCGGCCGGAUGCCCGACGGGCUCUGCAAAUCCCAAUAGCACCGAUACCUACAGCAGGAUCUGCCAAUGCUGUCUCCACCAAUCUUUUCGGCGUUAAAGAUACCUUCAAUAUCCCCCUCGCAUGCCUCAACAUUGUCAAAGGGGAGCAGAUCCCUAUCGACCUCUGCUCUGUCCUCCUUCUUCCCUCCCGCACUCGGCGCUUCUCUUUCCUCGCUCAAGCUAUCGGCCUCAUGGUAGAUCUGGAUAUAGGCACCGAGAGCUUGCGUUGGCUGGGCGACACCAGGUUCUUGGUGGGCUUCUUGAAAGGUGUAGUGACCAACAAGGGAGCAAAGUGUAGACUCAAGAUGAAGGUGGUAGAGGAUGACAAACUCAAGAUGGCGAGGAAGGCAAAGGAGAGGGUGAAGGAGAGGAAGGGGGCUGAAGUUUUGGGGGGUGGUCAGGACCCAUUAUCGGACGGGUUGACCAAAAUCAGCCUCAAUGGCUCGGCUUCGGCUGAACCUAAUGGCCACGCCCAUCCUGAUGCCCACAGCAACGGGAACGGCGUGCAAGUAGAAAGCAAGCCAAUCGACGACGGACCCAUACCUGAAUCUCUUCCCCUCGAGCCCGACGACAGCUGGAUCACCAUCGAGAACGCUACUGGUCAGAACAAGUACAGUCAAGCUUCCGCCCAGAGCCUCCGAAGCCAACCAGAAGCGCAGAAGAAAGGGGGUUGGGUGGAUGGCCAGGGUAUUCUUUACUUCUAUGCCGGUAUGAUGCCUUGGGUGGCACGCGACUUGAACCAGUGGCCCGUUGCAAUUUCUGGAGAUGGUCUGAUCGACGUGGUCGUACAAAGUCAGGUGCCAAGACUACAGAUGACCAAUGCCAUCUCUGGGGCGGAGCAUGGCGAUCCUUACUGGCUGGAUACGCAGCAUUAUUACAAAGCUUCGGCUCUGAUAGCAGAAAACCUUGACAAGGUCAAUCAACCCAUUUUCACCAUCGAUGGUGAAUCGUACGAAUUUGACGCUUUCCAUGUGGAGGUCCAUCCUCGAGUCGCCAACCUUCUCAGUCUUGAAGGAGACUUUUCCACGUCCGACUUUUUGAAGAAGAACUACGAAAAGACGUAG